CCCCCCACACUGUUGGCUGCUGACAGACGGGUCCUCCGCUCUGAAACGGAACCGGACGGACGCACGGACGGACGGGUCCCAUCCAGGGUUCUGGAAUAAGACAGAGUUCGGAGGAUAAUUUGUCCGUUUUUUGGGUUUUUCUCUGAUUUCAUUUCUUUCUUUUUUUGUGGAGUUGCUUGUUUGUCUUCAUCUGUUCGGAUUGUUGUCGCUCUUCUGGUUCCGGAUCACCUGCUAUGUGCGUGCUGUGGAUAAUACCUGGUGGAAGGUGUUCAGCAGCGGGAUCCAGCCUGGUCGGACCGGACUUCAGCGCGUGCUAGGUACCAGGUACCGCUCCGUGUCUCUGCCGUGUCCUCCUCCUCCUCUGGCUCUGUGCGUGAUGCGCGUGGAAUGAAGACACAGGAUGGAUUUAAUCUGGGAGAUUCUCAUCAUUCUUCACGCUAAUCUGAUUGUGUGUUUAUCAGCUCAACCAAAUCCGCCGAAAAUUCACGAAGGAUGGUGGGCUUACAAGGAGGUUGUUCAGGGGAGCUUUGUUCCAGUGCCGUCAUUCUGGGGAUUGGUAAACUCAGCCUGGAACCUGUGCUCGGUUGGAAAGAGGCAGUCUCCGGUGAACAUCGAGACCAGCCACAUGAUCUUUGACCCCUUCCUCAUGCCCAUAAAGCUGAACACAGGCGGACGAAAGGUGGGUGGGACGAUGUAUAACACUGGCCGCCAUGUUUCUCUGCGACUGGACAAGGAGCAUCUAGUUAACAUCUCUGGGGGUCCGAUGACGUACAGUCAUCGUCUGGAGGAGAUCCGGCUACACUUUGGUAGUGAGGAUGGCCAGGGCUCCGAACACCUGCUGAACGGACAGGCCUUCUCCGGAGAGGUUCAGCUGAUUCACUAUAAUCAUGAGCUGUAUACGAAUUACACAGAAGCGGCUAAAAGCCCCAAUGGACUGGCCAUCGUGUCCAUAUUUAUGAAGAUUGCUGAGAGUUCAAACUCCUUCCUGAACCGCAUGCUGAACAGAGACACCAUCACAAGAAUAACAUAUAAAAAUGAUGCGUAUCUUCUGACCGGCCUGAACAUUGAGGAGAUUUACCCAGAAACAAAUAGUUUUAUCACAUAUGAAGGAUCGAUGACCAUCCCGCCGUGCUUUGAAACAGCCACAUGGAUCCUGAUGAACAAGCCGGUGUACCUCACACGCAUGCAGAUGCACUCAUUGCGACUGUUGAGCCAGAACCAGCCAUCUCAGAUCUUCCUGAGCAUGAGUGAUAACGUUCGCCCGGUCCAGCCUCUGAACAACCGCUGCAUCCGCACCAACAUCAACUUCAGCAUGCAGGGCAAAGACUGCCCCAACAACAGGGCUCAGAAGCUUCAGUAUCGAGGUACGGACCACUGGUGAAUGAGUGGUUGCUGAAAUAAGCCCCCCUUGGAUAAGCAUGAAGAGGAACUGAAUGUAAGAAGAGAAGAACAGAAGAAGAGGACAAUGUUAAAGAUGUGAAAACUGGUCUUAAGGCUACUUUCUCAUCCAAGAACUUUUCAUGGCAUUGUACAAAGACAGACAACACCGGUCAUUAUUUGAAAGAAGGAACUUAAAAACAAAGAGACUACUUUUCAUACAUCAAGAACUGUUGGAACCCUUGAUCUAACACAUCAAACCCCCUUCCCCCACUGUAUGACUACAUCUAUAUGGACAUUUUGAUACCAACACUGUUUUUGGGAGAAAAAAAAAAGACAUUUGAAGAAAAAAAUACAUAUACAAGAAUUUAUUUGAUAUCCUCCCAGCUGACAACCUCUCGUAACUUGAAAGGCUUUGUACAUAAAAGAUGUUGCCAUCAGUGGGACAAUAUAAGGACUAAGUCACUGCCCCCACCCCGCCCGAUCAAAACAACAGGACUCGUUUCAUUACUGUCACCAACAGGGCAUGUAAUCAGCAUUCAAAACAAAGAUGGAACACAGCCUUAUUCUGUCAUUUCCCCCCAAACAGUCAUGUCACAGGAAACAAGCAAAAAGCUUCAGAGCAACCAGUGUCUUUGCCUCAUUUGUACAUAUUAUUAUUAUUAUUAUUAAUAUUAUUAUUAUUAUUAUUAUUAUCAAUAUUGGAGAAAAUUAAUGAUGGUGUAAAAAAUACUGAAUCAAGAUAAAAAACGAUAUUUAAAGAAGAUUUAAAAAAAAGAGAAAAGUUAAAGAAAUGAAACAGCUUGGCACACUCUGAGCUCCGUACGAGCUGAUGCCUUUUUCUGUUUUCUUGUUUACAAUGGUCAUACACUGUGUUUGAGUAAUGUUAUCGGCCCAAUAAAUGUGUCUGGAAAGUU